CGCCUCUACUACAAGCUUUACGGUACCAACAUGGCCACUUACUUGACAGUAAACAUGGAGUUCUGACCCCUUGUGCUUAAUUAAACGUUGCAUGACUAUAAUAUUUAGAUAUUGCAUAUAUCACAGCUUUAAAAUGCAGCUAACGCGAGUCGCAUCUUUUUUAGUCCGGGGCCACAGCGUUUCCCGAUCUGGAGCAGUCCUCAUUAAAAACAGCUACUGUGUGUCUGCAGUCAGAGACAGCACUGCACUGCUCUACAGAAGACACGGAGAGCCCUCACAAGCUGUCCAGUUGGAGUCACUGCACCUGACCCAGGUGGGACCUGAAAGUGUCCUGGUGAAGAUGCUGGCGGCUCCCAUCAACCCCUCUGAUUUAAACAUGAUUCAAGGCACAUAUGCCCUCCUGCCUGAGCUUCCAGCGGUGGGGGGCAAUGAGGGUGUGGGCCAGGUCAUGGAGGUGGGUGACAAGGUGAAGGCACUCAAGGUGGGCGACUGGGUGAUCCCAAGAGAUGCCGGCGUCGGAACGUGGAGAACAGCAGCUGUUCUGAAGGCUGAUGAUCUGGUGACUUUGCCUAAAGACAUUCCCGUGCUGUCUGCUGCCACGUUGGGAGUCAAUCCCUGUACAGCUUUUAGGAUGCUCACAGACUUUGAGGAGCUCAAACCAGGAGACACAGUCAUCCAGAACGCAGCUAACAGCGGCGUCGGACAAGCUGUCAUCCAGAUCGCUGCUGCUAAGGGCAUUCAAACCAUCAAUGUCAUCAGAGACAGGCCAGACCUGCAGCAUCUCUCUGACCGACUGACCGCUCUGGGAGCCACACACGUCAUCACAGAGGAGACUCUCCGACGGCCAGAAAUCAAGGAGCUGUUCAAGUCGUGUCCUCGGCCUAAACUAGCUCUGAAUGGAGUCGGAGGAAAGAGCGCCACAGAGCUGCUACGUCAUUUACAAAGCGGAGGGAGUAUGGUGACCUACGGUGGGAUGGCCAAACAACCAGUCACUGUCCCAGUGAGUGCACUGAUCUUCAAAGAUGUGAAAAUAAGAGGUUUCUGGGUGACCCAAUGGAAGAGAGACAACAAACACGAUGAGGACGCCUUACGUAGCAUGCUGGAUGAACUCUGCGUCCUCAUCCGUGCCGGGAAGCUGUCGGCUCCAGCUUGCACUGAAGUGAGCCUUCAAGACUUCAGAAAGGCCCUGGAGAACGCCAUGAAGCCGUAUGUGUCCACCAAACAAGUUUUUGUCAUGUGACCCCAUUUGAGUGUCUUGCGUGCAUUCACAUUCACUACUCGCCAAGAAAGUGUUUAAUGUUAGGCAUCUUGGCAGAUUACUGUUGCUAUCUCACAUGCAGCCAAUGUGUAAAUCCUCAUAUUCAUGUUGAAAGCAGAUAUUCCUGUCAUUUAUAAAAUCCUGUAACAGACUGAAUAAUGAGAAAUGACGAAAUGUAAAAAAACAAACAACAUUUUGUUAAUGAUAAUAAUUAGUUCAACAGUAAUAAACACAUUGUAAAUGUGCAUAAAGAUACUCUGACUGAGGUGGAUAAUGUUUUUUAUUCUGUAAGAAAGCAUGACAGAAACACUUGUCUAAUCAAUUCCUGGAUGCCUCAACAGAUCAUGAAAAUAAUCAAUGUUUUUGGAGCAGCAAAUCAUAUUAUGAUUUCAGAAGCAUCACGUGACACUUGAGACCGGAGUACUGAUGCUGAAAUUCAACUUUGUUAUCACAUUAAUACAUUUAGAAAACUGCUAUUUUUAGCUGUAAUAUUUCACAAUAGUCUUGUUUUUACAUUUACUCAUUGAGUAGACACGUUUAUCCAAAGCCUCUUACAGUUGAGGAAUGCAACCAUCGAUUCAUCAAAGUUUACUCUUAUUUUUUGAUCAAAUAAAAGCAGCCUUGGUGACCAAUGAU